AGUAUGUUAGUGCAUUUCAUACAUUUGAGUGUAAUGGUAACCAGAUAGGAGCAGCGAGAGGCUACCGGCCGUCAGCACAUGGAAUAUGGGAUCUGGAGUCUGCACGCCGCGGGGGGACUUUGGGGCGAUCCGCGGCUCGCCCGAAGACACCCGAUCCUGGGUCCAGGGGGUCCUGGAACACCUGGGGCAGCCUUCGCCUUGAACACGCUGCGGCGUCCGGUUGACGGGGUCGCGAUGCCCGUCGCCGCGAGCAGCCCCGCUUAUCGAGCCAUGGAACUGGUUACCAGGACCCUCUCCAGGACGACGGAGCCUGGGCAGCCCGGCGGGGCUCGGGAACCACGAGACAACGAAUCGAACAUCGAAGAAAGACGGAGGAGCGACCGGGAUGACGACGAGAACUCGAGUCAGACGGCCAUACGACGUGUGAUCAGAAAUACGGAGGACCCGGGGGACGAAAGCGAUGCGGAAAGUGUGAGCAGCGGUAACGACGAAUCCCGGCACUCGGCGAACAAUAAUCUUCACCCAAAGCCCCCGGACGGGCUGCCGUGUCUUCUUCUGGACAAGGAAGAGGGUGUUCCACCGGUCCUCAACAGCUGGGUCCUCGGAGCGUACACGGCGAUGCUGGGACGACUCUCGGCGGCGACGGCUGCUCUGGAGGGUUCCGAGGUGCCUCCUAUACCUUCCGAGAGCGGAUCGGAGAGCGACUCGUCCUCCUGCACCGAGAAAUCUCGAGAGCUGACGAGACCGGGUCGCGGUUACUCCUGCGGUUCUUGCGAAACGGUUUCGGACACGCGGCCAGCUCUGAGAAAGCACAUCGCCGACUGUCAUCCGGCAAUGUCGGCCCUGGACGCCGGGGAGUCUCGGAGGUGUCCGGCGACCGGAUGCGACUUCGCGACCGGAAGUCGGUGCGAGAUGGAGACCCACGUGGCGGCGCACGUGGCCCAAGGCAUGUCGCCGACCGGGAAGAAGCGCUCGCUGGCCCUUCAGCGCGUCAGGUACGAGAGGGAGGAAUACCGUUGCUCGAUGUGCUCCUACGCCUGCACCAUCGAGAAGGCCUUCCAGAAGCACCUCAGGGCCCAUGCCAAGGGCGCCGCGCCCGAGACAAGGGUCAGCUGUCCCGUUUGCGGGGCCGAUCGGACCUCGGAAGUCGACCUCAGCCGGCACAUGCGGAGGCACCGCGACGAUCGGUACUUCUGCUGCGACAUAUGCAUCUUCAGGACGGUGCAGCUUAAGAAGCUCAUUCAGCAUCGAAGGAUGCACACCGGGGAGAAGCCGCACCUUUGUCCACACUGCGCCUACCGGAGUGCCAGACGCGACAAUUUGAGAAGCCACGUGCGUCGCGUUCACAAGAAGGAAAACCUCUACUGCGACACCUUCAGCCCCCGCGGCAUGCUGCAGAUCACGCCAAUCGGUCAAAAUCUGAGAAGUCCAGCCUCUUCACCGGCCUCGAACUCCGGAAGUGCGACUUAGGAAGAAAAUCGGCAACAGGCGAGCACGUCGCUCACGUCUCGGCGAAGUGAUCUUUCGGCGUAAAUCUUUAAACCGAGGAAAUAUGUUUCCGACUUUUUUCACGGGAUUCAGGCGUUAUUUUACGCCAAAGAAUAUUCGGCUGGCGUUUUAAGCUGGAUAAUCGAUUCACGUGUAAGACACGUCUUAUCUACAUCUAUAAGUUUAUACUCUCGCAGAGAGUUAGUUGGAGGAAAAAAAGGUGGAGCCGAUACGAAUAUCGUAGUCACACAAAAAAAGUUUCCCGUCCGGCGGAGUGAACGACCGUAAUUAAACGUUUUUGCACGCGCUAAAUCCAAAUCGGAUGUAAGAAUUGCACCGUCGUCCCCAGAUUUUGAAUAAUCCUGCCUGAAAGAUUCGUUCAUCGACCUCGAACGUUAUAAGAUUUUUCGACGCGAAAAUUAGAUUGGAAUACCCCAUAUAUAGCUCAAAAUCUAGGGGAUUCAGCAUGUGCAACCAAUAUACAGGUUUGGUGGUCUGAUCGGCCGGACAAGAUGCUUUUUUGUGUGCCUGUGUAAUCGUUGUCUCUCUAAAAUGCGUGGAAGUAAAAACUUGGAAGAAUGAAUAUUUGGAAUGGCCGAUAUACCGAAGUUUCAAACAUUCGAAAGUAAAAUAACGAAAGAUUUCGAGCAAUUCAUCUUUCGUUAUUUUAUUUUCGCAUGUUUGAAACUUCGAUAGAUCGGUCAUUCCAAAUAUUGACCCUUCCAAGUUUUCACCCCCACCCUCUAAAAUGUUCAAACUUUUCACGCCUGCUGGUAAGGUUUUUUUUUUUUUUCUUCAUCUAUCACUUAGAAACUGGCUCGAUUCGAAUACCUACCGAGUCGAGUCCCACAUGGGUGCUAUUUUAUCGAGAUGACACGAGGAGUAUGAUAGAAACAACUGCACGAAUUGAUUCAAAGUGGUAAUUACAACAAGUGACGUCUACCUAGAAUCGUGCAUACAUUAAAUUAAGCUCAAAGUAUUCGUAAUACGAUAUUACGAGAAUUCUUUUGAACAUACGGAGGUCGUCUUUUUAUUGCAAUUUAUUUGCCAGCCGAGCUAGUAUUUAAUACUAUACAAAAAAAAAAAAAAAAAAAGCAUGGCGGAGUUUACGCGUGCAAGUUAUUUGGAAAAUAUAAUUGUUUUAACUCUUAUUAUACAUAAUAUAUUUGAGAGAAGUGAAUUAUGAAUAUACAUUAAUAUAAAUAUAGGUAUAAAUACAAUUUUACACGUCCUAACUUCGUCAAUAAGCAGUUUAACUAUUAGCACGUGUCACUAUAGUAAACUAAACAACUUCAAAUUAUCGUUAAAAUUCUUAUUAUAUAUUGUGCAAUAAUGACGAGGCGUAGGUUCUUUACAGCCGAUCUGUAAUAAAAAUUGACCAGAGACGCGUUGUUGAUUCUUGAGAAAAAAUAAUUUGGAAAAAAAAAACGAGAAAACUUACAAAAUUUAUUGGGUGCCGAAACCGUGACAGUUUUUGCUUGAAUAUUUUUUUUUUUUUCAAGAUACGAUAUUUCAAAACUGUUACCGAAAUUUCUCUUCUCAAUUUUGUUCAACUUUUAUUCCUUUCUGUCACAAUUUACAGUACCAUCGGUAUAAAUCUAUAUCCCCAAUAAUCAAUACCUACGAAUGCCUAAAUAACACGUUAUUAAAACUUACAUUCAAUCAAUAUAAAAAGAUGAAAAUUAAACUUCACCAAUACGAACAAAAGCGAAAGAAUCGAUUCAUAAAUCGCGUCUCUGGUCCGUGGGAAUAAAAGGCAAGAACUACUUUUACCGAUGUGUUUUGUAGAAUUGAAUUAGCAAGUGCAUGCAACUGUCGAUAACUUAACGUAAGCUAAAAAUACGGACAAACAGAAGAGAGGAGAAGAAACGAAAGAAUAAAGGAAAAUGAAAAGAGAGAGAGAGAGAGAGAGAAAAUAUAUAGGAAUAAGAUAAAAGCAAAUUGACAAGUAUAAAAGCGAAAUGGAAUAACCCUUGAAACUUUUGCUGGGGAAAGAAAUUUUCAAACUAACUUCUAAGUAAAAGUAAAUAUUUGUAAAGAAUUUUUUAUUAUUCGCAUCCGGAUCGCGUGACGAUGAUAUAUUCGUAACGCGAUCGGACGAUAUUAUUGAUUAUAUUAUAUAUUAUUAUACAUACAUAUAUUAGUCAUUAUUAUAUGAAAGCUGCGAGAUGGUGCUAGAUGUCGUAGACUGGAUAAGAGGGAGACUGAAAUCUAAACAAGUAAAAUACUGACAAGAGUCAAGAAGGACGAUAUAUGAAUAAAAAUUGAAAAACGAAAAAGAAAAAGAGAAAAAAAAAAAACAGAAAUAUAUCGAAAAGAAUUUCGGCGGCAGAAAUACUAAAAAUGGUGGUAACAAAGACUGAGACUUAGAACUGAUAAUAUGCCAGGGUUUUAUGCGUUUAUAAGGAACGAAAUGAGGUAAAAGAAAGUUAAAUAACGUCGAAGGUACUGACUUAUAACAAACAUAAAUUAUAAGUCGAAAAUUAUCAAUACUGCCCAAAAUUAUAUGCAGUAAUUGUCGAAUUUUCACCUCCGAUUAACAAUUCCAGGCUUUGCGGAAUGAAAAAUGAUGUAUGAUGAUAAUCGCGAUGAGCCAGCGGAGAAUGCAGAGAAAACGAACCACGUGGUUAAGAAACGAGAUUAGUGAAAGUAGGAUAUAUUAAUAAACUAGCUGUAAAAGAUAUUUGGAAAAUGGAAGGAUACAGGUUUCACCAUCUAACGAUAAGAAUGUUCGGCGACAUCGUACAUUGAUUCCCAUCAAUUUGAAACAUAAAUUCUUAAAAUUCGAAAUAUUUACAAAAUUAUCAAAUGAAUCGAUAUUUUUUAGAAAAAAUAUACAUAUAUGCUUCUCCGAGUAUAUAUUAUAUUCAAAAUUACUAGACUAAAUGACGUUGUACGUAUAUAUCAAGAAUGAUAUAUGUAUAAAUCUACCCAAUUCGAAGAGACUGAUUCGCGCGUAAAUUGUAUAGAAAGUAAAGAAAUUGGCAAUAUACGAAUUAUACCAAUUAUUAUUAUUAUUAUACUAGAUAAAAAAAAAAAAAAAAAAAUCAUUAAAACCCUGGCAAUAUAAGGAAAGGUGCUAUUUUUCAAAUUCUUUCAAUUCUCUGUACGAUAUUAUAUUAUAUUAAAAUAUGAUACAUACAUACGCAACUACCAACGUAAAAAUUUAGCUAAUACGUAACAGAGUUACGUAAUAUACAUUAAUGUGUGUCAAUUUUUAAUGUGUUUAAUUAUGCUUUAAUCUGCAUGCCCAAAUCUGUCUAAUUUACAUAAUACGAACACGGUGCUGCGAUUUUCUGACAAUUAUAUUAUUACACUUGUAAUAUGCAUUGAGAUGUGUAUUUCAAAUACACAUCACGGAUCCGAUGCGGUUUUUAUCGUGUGGCAAUAUGCGUCGGUAAAUUAUUUAUACAUGUAUAUAAUAUAAUAAUUAGCGUAGAUUCGACGUUGUCUUAAUGUAUGUAACAUAUAUUUAUUAUUGUCGUUAUUAUUAUUAUUAUUGUUAUUGAAUAUUACUACACAUACAUACAUAUAUUUUCUAGGAUGUUUAUGUUCUUUUCACCGGCCAGUGUGAUACACGUAUUGUUACGGCAUGCGUACACAGUUUUCAGAUCUGUUCAUUCGUUCACACAAACUUACACACUUGUAACAUAUGAUUGGGUAUUUAACGAUUCGUGCGACUAUGCUUAUUAAAAUACAUACAAAUACACAGUCCGUCUAAGAGUGUAAUAUACAUAUAUACAUAUAUACUUUUGUGUGCGUGUGUGCGUGUGUGUGUGUAUAUUUAUAUAUUAUAGGGAAUUUCUUGCGUGCCAAUGUAACGUUUUGAGACAAUUAUAUUUCAUUGAAGUGUACGGGUGACAAUUAAGAUAAUUUUUUUGCUCGUAUUGUGAGAAUAAUUUCACAUGAAUUGUUGUAAUUACGCUCGUACCGAAAAUCGAAGGAAAAUUGACACAAAAAAAAAAGAAAAAAAGAAAGAAAAGAAAAGCAAAUCAACGAAGGAACGUUUUAACCUAGAUGUAUUAUGUAAUUCAAAUGUAAAUACGAAAUUAACGCUUGUUAAAGAUCUUUCAACUGUAAUGAAACUUACAAUUUUAGCCGUAAAGCGUAAGCCUCUCACUAAAUAUAAACGCAAGUCUCAAACACGGACAUGGAAAUUAUAUGCAAUCUACACGUUGGUGUUUUUUUAUUACAUGUUGUAGCUAAAGCGAAAUUUUAGUUUGGAAAUUUAGAUGAUAUUAUAUAUUAUCGAAACGGGCGUUCGCUUUGUUUUUCAAUUCUUCGUCGCAAACAAAAGUCGCUGCUGCAUAAUUAUUAUACUCUUGGAUACUUUGAAGAAAAUCGCUGGCGAAUUAUUUUCACUGCAAACUGUUGGCAUUUAUGCAAGAAUAUUCUUGUGCGAAUAGAAAAACGGAGAUUGCGAGAAAGAGAGGAAUAUAUGGGCAAGCGGGAUAACAGGCAGAGAUAAGAUUCUUGUAUGCUCAGCAAAUACCGUGUGGGAAACGAAUUCUUAAGAUAUACAAACGUAUAGUACGUAGUUCCAUGUCGUUCUAUUAUAUAUUUCUAAUCGCUCACGGUGUAAUUUUUUCCCUGCGUCGGAUACUCUGAAAAAAUUUUAAAAUCAGCUCUACUUUCCACGCCAAAAUUCCCGAUAUCGUGUAAUUAAAAAAAGUAAAUUUCACGCGCUUGAUUAUAAAUUAUACGUUUCCACAGCUACGACUUCCUUCGAUGGAUUUAUUUAUAACAAUAACAACAACAACAACAAGAACAACAAGAAAAAUAAUAAUAACAAUAAUAAUAAUAAUAUUGUCUUAAAAUUAAUAUACAAUCUAAAUGUGAUAAUAUAUUUACUGUUGAAUUAUAUAAUACCAAUUACCAUAUAAUAUACAUUGAACCUAUUUAUAAGCUGUACACGUUAUUGCGUUAUAAGAUCGAUCAAAUCGAUCAAUACAAAAAUACCGGGCAAUUUUAGAAUUCGUGUCCACUUACGUAUUUAAUUAAGGUUAACGUUGUGUCCCUCCAGGCUCGAGGAUCGAUUUUCACGGACGAUGCGAGUAUAAUGUACACGGUGCGCGGUGGGGCAUUUAAAGUGACCAGGGUGAUUUUCUCGAAAACGAAGCAAAAUCUCAAAAAAAUUUUCAGUCGAGAGCUGUAAGGUUUUGAAAUGGACGGAACAUGGCGCGUUCGAAUUUUUAUCAAGUGGAUGCGCGACGGAGAUACGAAGGUCAGAUUUGGUUUUUUAAACGGGAUGGUGUGUUUUUUAUUAUGAAAAUGAAAAGAGUAUUCAAUUUCGAGUAUAAAAGUAUAAGCACGCCAGUUUCCUAAAAUUGACACUCGAUAGGAUAUUUCAAAAGUAAGAAAAAGAUACAACGACGAACAAAAUUCGUUGACAACUUUGUGUUUUGACUGAUAACUCUUGGUUCGAUUUCAACUUUCUGAUUCACGCAGGAAAAACAAUGCCUCUAAGGUUUGCGUGAUGUAAACAACUCUGUCAGGCAUUAGAUGCUUAAUGCUACCUUUUCAAAUCUAACCAAGAGUUAUCAGUCAAAACACAAAGUUGUAGACGGUUAUUUUCAAAAACCGGAAGUGUCGCAACGAAAAAAAGGAAUCGAAGUGUAUUGAAGUUUAUGGUCAUCGUAUCGAAAAUUUGCUUUGAUAAAAUUAUAAAUUUAUUCCGCCUAAAGUGGCAAACGGACAUCUUUUUCUUAUUUUUGAAAUAUCCUAUUGAGUGUCAAUUUUGGGAAAAUGGUGUACUUAUACUUUUAUACUCGAAUUCAUUUCAAAACCUUACAGCUCUCGACUGAAAAUUUUUUUGAGAUUUUGCUUCGUUUUCGAGAAAAUCGCCCUGGUCGCUUCAAAUGCCCCACCCUGUAUAAAUAAACGAGAGCUAGUAUGAUUUCCGAUAAUUUUUUGCGACCCUAAGCAAGGAAUUUCCCUGCAACAGCAAAACUGCAUCUUUGUAAGAGUAUAAUUUUCUACUUUUAAUUUCUUUCUUAUUAACACAUGAUUAGAUAUUUAGAAGUCGCAAAUUCAUGUAAAAACGCGUCGUCUGUUCGCCACGAGCCACCGGGUCGUUUAUAACAAAUCGCUCAUCGAAUCCAAAAACUGCGUAUAAUUAGUUAUAACAGGUAUAGAAUUGAAUUCGCCUUAAGCGAGAGGAGAAAGAAUCGGUGCGAUAGUUUUUCGUCGGUUUUUUUUCCCCCAUAUAAAUUGAAUGUAUAACAUAUUAUGCAUAACACGUAUUAUGAUAUAAUAUUACACACACGAGUAAAAUGAAUCGAUAUGUGGAUUAGUUUUAACCUUAUAGGUAAGUUAUACAUGCAUAAACACAUGCAUUAUUAUACAUAUAUAUAUAUAUAUAUAUAUAUACAUAUAUAUAUAUACAUACAUUUACAUGAUAUAUUUGUGUAUUUCGAUAAUCGUUCAACAAUUAGACUCACUAGUUAAUUAAUUGAUUAAUUAAUUAAUUACCGUCUGCGACGACUGCAAUACAGCUAUAAUAUUACACACUGUAUAAUAAUUAUUCAAAUGAAUAAUUAUAAAAUACACAAUCACUUACUGUAAUAGGUACGUAGAGUAAUAUAAAUUGUCGCAACUGAAGUUAUGAUAUUAUUUAAAAUACGUUACGUUUCGAAGGUGAACAGAAGAAAAGUUGAAUAUA